AUGGCCAACGCUCAAGCCACGGUGGUGUCCGCCAUCUUGGAGAAGCACGGCUACCAGCUGGGCCGCUACCUCGGCAAAGGGGCCUACGCCAUCGUCUGGGAGGCCUACUUCAAGACGUGGCAGACGAACGUGGCCAUCAAGGUGGUGCUGAAGGAGAAGGCCGAGGCCGAGUUCCUCACCAAGUUCCUGCCCCGCGAGAUCCAGGUCUGGAAGUCCCUCAAGCACCCGAACAUCGUCAACUUCUACCAGUCCAUCGAGACCACCAACCGGGUCUACGUCGUGCUGGAGCUGGCGCCGGGGGGCGAGGUCAUGGACAUGAUCCGCACAAAGGGGGCUUGCGACGAGAAGAUGUCGGGCAAGUGGUUCGAGCAGCUGUGCCAGGGGAUGGCCUACAUCCACAGCAAGGGGAUGGUGCACAGGGACCUGAAGCUGGAAAACCUGCUCCUGGACAAGAACAAUAACAUCAAGAUCUCGGACUUUGGCUUCAGCAAGCAGGCGGCCACCGACUUGGAGAGCCUCAAUCACGUGAAGCUCAGCGAGACGUACUGUGGCAGCUACGCCUAUGUACCCCCCGAGAUCCUCCAGGGACUCCCCUACAACCCCUUCCUGUCCGACGUCUGGAGCAUGGGAGUCAUCCUGUACACCAUGAGGACAGGCAAGCUACCCUUCGAUGACUCCAACCUGCGGCGCCUCCUCAGGCAGAUGAUCAAGGGCCCGAUUUUCUCCCAGAAGCACAAGUCAAUCUCCCACGAAUGCAAGAUUUAA